GAGACUGUGUGUAACCGUGCUAGGGAGCGGUCAGGAGCCGCGGCAAGGCCAAGCUUGGCGGAUGCUGUAGAGGAGGGACCGCCGCUGGUUGCCAGGCUUGGUCUAGAGGGUGGAGCACAGUGAAAGAAUUCAAGAUGCCGCCUAACAUAAACUGGAAAGAAAUAAUGAAAGUUGACCCAGAUGACCUGCCUCGUCAAGAAGAACUGGCAGAUAAUUUAUUGAUUUCCUUAUCCAAGGUGGAAGUAAAUGAGCUAAAAAAUGAAAAUCAAGAAAAUGUGAUACACCUUUUCAGAAUUACUCAUUCACUAAUGAAGAUGAAAGCUCAAGAAGUAGAGCUAGCUUUGGAAGAAGUUGAAAAAGCUGGAGAAGAACAAGCAAAAUUUGAAAAUCAAUUAAAAACUAAAGUAAUGAAACUGGAAAAUGAACUGGAGAUGGCUCAGCAGUCUGCAGGUGGACGGGACACUAGGUUUUUACGUGAUGAAAUUCGCCAACUUGAAAAGCAAUUGGAACAAAAAGAUAGAGAAUUGGAGGACAUGGAAAAGGAAUUGGAGAAAGAGAAGAAAGUUAACGAACAAUUGGCGCUUCGAAAUGAGGAGGCAGAAAAUGAAAACAGCAAGUUAAGAAGAGAGAAUGAACAACUUCGUCAGGAUAUUAUUGACUAUCAGAAACAAAUAGAUUCACAAAAAGAAACACUUUUAUCAAGAAGAGGAGAAGACAGUGACUACCGAUCACAGUUGUCUAAAAAAAACUAUGAACUUGUCCAGUAUCUGGAUGAAAUUCAGACUUUAACAGAAGCUAAUGAGAAAAUUGAAGUUCAGAAUCAAGAAAUGAGAAAAAAUUUAGAAGAGUCUGUACAGGAAAUGGAGAAGAUGACUGAUGAAUAUAAUAGGAUGAAAGCUAUUUUGCAUCAGACAGAUAAUGUAAUGGACCAAUUAAAAAAAGAAAAUAGUCACUAUCGACUUCAAGUGCAGGAGCUUACAGAUCUUCUGAAAGCAAAAAAUGAAGACGAUGAUCCAGUCAUGCUAGCUGUCAAUGCAAAAGUAGAAGAAUGGAAGUUAAUUUUGUCUUCUAAAGAUGAUGAAAUUAUUGAGUAUCAGCAAAUGUUACAUAACCUGAGGGAGAAACUUAAAAAUGCUCAGCUUGAUGCUGACAAAAGUAAUGUUAUGGCUCUACAACAGGGUAUACAGGAACGAGACAGUCAAAUUAAGAUGCUCACUGAACAAGUAGAACAAUAUACAAAAGAAAUGGAAAAAAAUACUUUUAUUAUUGAAGACUUGAAAAAUGAGCUCCAAAGAAACAAAGGUGCUUCUACCCUUUCUCAACAGACUCAUUAUAUGCAAAUUCAGGCAAAGGUACAACUUUUAGAAGAGAAAACGAAGGAAGCUGAGAGAACAGCAGAACUGGCUGAGGCAGAUGCUAGGGAAAAGGAUAAAGAAUUAGUUGAGGCUCUGAAGCGUUUAAAAGAUUAUGAAUCGGGAGUAUAUGGUUUAGAAGAUGCUGUUGUCGAAAUAAAAAAUUGUAAAAACCAAAUUAAAAUAAGAGAUCGAGAGAUCGAAGUAUUGACAAAGGAAAUCAAUAAACUUGAGUUGAAGAUCAAUGAUUUUCUCGAUGAAAAUGAGGCACUUAGAGAGCGUGUGGGCCUUGAGCCAAAGACAAUGAUUGAUUUAACUGAAUUUAGAAAUAGCAAAUGCUUAAAACAACAGCAGUACAGAGCUGAAAACCAAAUUCUUUUGAAAGAGGCAAGAUUAACCAUUGAGGACCUGAACCUAUCUGAAAACUUUUCUCAAGGAGAUAAAAUAAGAGAAAGAAAAUUGGAUUUAGUGAGCCUGAAAAAUAUGAGUGAAGCACAAUCAAAGAUUAGGAGUUCAGAUAAAAUAAAGCUGCUGCGUAGGAGACCAUCAUUCAGUAUUCCACAAUCAGAUGAGAAUGAGUCAGAAGAGAAUAUGACUAUAGGACCAUUAUCAAAAACGUUAUCUGAAAUUCAUCAUAGUUUAGAAAGUGGAGUGGAUCCUUUUGUCUCUAAUACUAAAUAUUCUUCAUCCUUGCAAGUAAAAGAUAAUUCAACUCCAGAAACUAUUACAAUAAGAGAGAUUUUUAAAGCACCAUGUCUACAAUCUUUAAGAAAUCUAGAAUCAUUAGUCAGUACCUUUAGUAGGGAGAACCAUGAAGACAUAAAUGACUACUUAUGCUGUCUUUCUGAUGAUUGUAUGAAAAAAGUGUCAAGAAGCCAUCAAGCACUAGAGAAGACUAGUUCCAUACAAAAAAGUGAUUCAUCUUUUCAAGCCUUAUCAACAGCUUCAGACUUAAUGCAGAAGUUAUCACUUAGGCAAAAAUCUGCGAUAUUUUUUCAACAAAUUCAUGGUAAUAGAGCUGAUGUGGAUAAAUCUCACAUAGUAGCAUCAGAAGAUGAACAGAUUCACACCCAAAUAAAGUAUACUGAUAACAAUUUGAAAGAAGAUACAAGAAAAAGUGAAGUACCCUUACAGACAGAGAUUUUGAAAAAUAAGUCUGAAGUUAAUCUUCCAGAUCCUAUGCCCACUGCACAAUCACAAUUAUCUCAGAUAGAGCCACUUGAAAAUCUUAUAGAGCAGCUACGGAGAGAACUAGUAUUUCUUAGAUCUCAGAAUGAAGUCAUAGCACAGGAUUUAUUGAUCAAAGAAGCACAGAAUAGAAAUGCAGAAAUAGAGCUUGAACGUCAUAGAAGCCAGGCAGAACAGAAUGAAUUUCUUUCAAGAGAACUUAUUGAAAAGGAAAGAGAUUUAGAAAGAAGUAGGACAGUGAUAACCAAAUAUCAGAAUAAGUUAAAAGCAUUAGUUGAAGAAAAUAAGCAGCUUGAAGAAGGUAUGAAAGAAAUAUUGCAAGCUAUUAAGGAAAUGCAGAAAGAUCCUGAUGUUAAAGGAGGAGAAACAUCUCUAAUUAUCCCUAGUCUUGAAAGACUAGUUAAUGCUAUAGAAUCAAAGAAUGCAGAAGGAAUCUUUGAUGCCAGUCUGCAUUUGAAAGCCCAAGUUGAUCAACUUACUGGAAGGAAUGAAGAAUUAAGACAAGAGCUCAGAGAAUCUCGGAAGGAAGCUAUAAAUUAUUCAGAGCAGUUGGCAAAAGCAAAUUUAAAGAUAGAUCAUCUUGAAAAAGAAACCAGUCUUUUACGACAAUCAGAAGGAUCAAAUGUUGUUUUUAAAGGAGUAGACCUACCUGAUGGGAUAGCACCAUCUAGUGCCAAUAUUAUUAAUUCUCAGAAUGAAUAUUUAAUACAUCUCUUACAGAGGCAUCUGGCACAUUUUGUCUCAGAUCUCAUUAGCCUGAAUUGGGUCACAUGUUCAAGUCUGAACCAUUCAGUGGCAAAGAGAGUGAUGUGUGAAAAGGAGAUCUGGAAAACAGAAACCGAAACAAUAAAAGAGGAAAAGAAAAAACUUGAGGAUCAAAUUCAACAAGAUGCUAUAAAAGUAAAAGAAUAUAAUAAUUUGCUCAGUACUCUUCAGAUGAAUUCAGAUGAAAUGAAAAAGACACUUUCAGAAAAUAGUAGAAAAAUCACUGUCUUGCAAGUAAAUGAAAAGUCACUCAUAAGGCAAUAUACAACCUUAGUAGAAAUGGAGCGACAACUUAGAAAAGAAAAUGGGAAACUAAAGAAUGAAUUGUUAUCAAUGGAGGAUGAAGUUUGUGAAAAAAUUGGAUGUUUACAAAGAUUUAAGGAAAUGUCCAUUUUCAAGAUUGCGGCUCUCCAAAAAGUUAUAGAUAAUAGUGUCUCUUCAUCUGAACUAGAAUUAGCCAAUAAACAAUACAACGAACUGACUGCAAAGUACAGGGACAUCUUGCAAAAGGAUAAUAUGCUUGUUCAGAGAACAAAUAACUUGGAACACCUGGAGUGUGAAAAUACAUCCUUAAAAGAACAAGUGGAAUCUGUAAAUAAAGAACUGGAGAUUACCAAGGAGAAACUUCACACUGUUGAACAAGCCUGGGAACAAGAAAGUAAAUUAGGAAAUGAAUCUAACAUGGAUAAGGCAAAGAAAUCAAUAACCAACAGUGACAUUAUUUCUAUUUCAAAAAAAAUUACUAUGUUGGAAAUGAAGGAAUUAAACGAAAGGCAGCGGGCUGAACAUUGUCAAAAAAUGUAUGAACACUUAAGGACUUCAUUAAAGCAAAUGGAAGAACGUAAUUUUGAAUUGGAAACCAAAUUUGCUGAGCUUACCAAAAUCAACUUGGAUGCACAGAAGGUGGAACAGAUGUUAAGAGAUGAAUUAGCUGAUAGUGUGAGCAAGGCAGUAAGUGAUGCUGAUAGGCAACGGAUUCUAGAAUUAGAGAAGAAUGAAAUGGAACUGAAAGUUGAAGUGUCAAAACUGAGAGAGAUUUCUGAUAUUGCCAAAAGGCAAGUUGAAAUUUUGAAUGCACAGCAACAGUCCAGGGAAAAGGAAGUAGAGUCUCUCAGAAUGCAGUUGCUAGAGUAUCAGGCACAGUCUGAUGAAAAGGCACUAAUUGCCAAGUUGCACCAACAUAUUGUCUCUCUUCAAAUUAGUGAGGCUACUGCUCUUGGUAAGUUGGAGUCAGUUGCAUUUAAACUGCAGAAGAUGGAGGCCUACAAUUUGCGCUUAGAGCAGAAACUCGAUGAAAAAGAACAGGCUCUAUAUUACGCUCGUUUGGAGGGGAGAAAUAGAGCAAAACAUCUGCGCCAAACAAUCCAGUCUCUACGACGACAGUUCAGUGGAGCUUUACCCUUGGCACAACAAGAAAAAUUCUCUAAAACAAUGAUUCAACUACAAAAUGACAAACUUAAGGUAAUGCAAGAAUUGAAAAAUUCUCAACAAGAACGUAGAAGUAUGGAGAACAAAACAUUGGAGAUGGAAUUAAAAUUAAAGGGCCUAGAAGAAUUAAUAAGCACUUUAAAGGAUGCCAGGGGAGCCCAAAAGGUAAUCAAUUGGCAUAUGAAAAUAGAAGAACUUCGUCUUCAAGAGCUUAAACUAAAUCGAGAAUUAGUUAAGGAUAAAGAAGAAAUAAAAUAUUUGAAUAAUAUAAUUUCUGAAUAUGAGCAUACAAUCAGCAGUCUGGAGGAAGAAAUUGUUCAGCAGAACAAGUUUCAUGAAGAAAGACAAAUGGCCUGGGAUGAAAGAGAAGUUGAGCUGGAACGUCAAAUAGACGUUUUUGACCGUCAACAAAAUGAAAUAUUAAAUGCAGCACAAAAGUUUGAAGAGGCUACGGGAUCAGUGCCAGACCCUAGUUUGCCCAUUCCAAAUCAACUUGAGAUUGCUCUAAGAAAAAUUAAGGAGAAUGUUCGCAUAAUCCUACAAACACAGGCAACUUGCAAAUCACUACAAGAGAAGCUAAAAGAAAAAGAAUCUGCCCUGUGGUUAGCAGAGCAAAAUAUUCUGUCAAGAGACAAAGUAAUCAAUGAACUGAGGCUUCGAUUACCUGCCACUGCAGAACAAGAAAAGCUGAUAGCUGAGCUAGUCAGAAAAGAGGUGGAACCAAAAUCUCAUCACACUUUGAAAAUUGCUCAUCAGACCAUUGCAAAUAUGCAAGCAAGGUUAAAUCAAAAGGAAGAAGUGUUAAAGAAAUAUCAACAUCUUCUAGAAAAAGCCAGAGAGGAGCAAAGGGAAAUUGUUAAGAAACAUGAGGAAGACCUUCAUAUUCUUCAUCAUAAAUUAGAACUACAAGCUGAUAGUUCACUCAGUAAAUUCAAACAAACAGCUUUGGACUUAAUAAAACAGUCUCCUACUCCAGUUCCUACCACCAAGCACUUUGUCCGUCUGGCUGAAAUGGAACAGACAGUAGCAGAACAAGAUGACUCUCUCUCCUCUCUUUUGAUCAAACUAAAGAAAGUAUCUCAAGAUUUAGAGAGACAGAGAGAAAUCACUGAAUUAAAAGUUAAAGAAUUUGAAAUUAUCAAAUUACGACUCCAAGAAAACCAUGAAGAUGAAGUGAAAAAAAUGAAAGCAGAAGUAGAAGAUUUAAGGUGUCUUCUGGCCCAGUCACAAAAGGAGUCACAGAGUUUAAAAUCUGAACUUCAUGCUCAAAAAGAAGCCAAUUCUAGAGCUCCAACAACUUCAAUGAGAAAUCUAGUAGAACGGCUAAAGAGCCAACUAGCUUUGAAGGAGAAACAACAAAAAGCACUUAGUCGAGCACUUUUGGAACUCCGGGCAGAAAUGACAGCAACAGCUGAAGAACGUAUUAUUUCUGCAACUUCUCAGAAAGAGGCACAUCUCAAUGUUCAACAAAUUGUUGAUCGACAUACUAAAGAGCUAAAGUCACAAAUUGAAGAUUUAAAUGAAAAUCUUUUAAAAUUGAAAGAAUCUCUGAAAAUAAGUAAAAACAGAGAGAACUCACUAGCUGAUAAUUUGAAUGACUUAAACAAUGAACUGCAAAAAAAGCAAAAAGCCUAUAAUAAAAUACUUAGAGAGAAAGAAGGAAUUGAUCAAGAGAAUGAUGAACUGAAAAGGCAAAUUAAAAGACUAGCCAGUGGACUACAGGGUAAACCUCUAAUUGAUAACAAACAAAGUCUAAUUGAAGAACUCCAAAAGAAAGUUAAAAAACUAGAAAGCCAAGUAGAAAGAAAGGUGGAUGAAGUAGACAUAAAACCUGUGAAAGAAAAGAGUGCUAGAGAAGAAUUAAUUAGGUGGGAAGAAGGUAAAAAAUGGCAAACCAAAAUAGAGGGAAUUCGAAAUAAGUUAAAAGAGAAAGAGGGGGAAGUCUGUACUCUAACAAAGCAGUUGAAUACUUUGAAGGAUCUUUUUGCCAAAGCUGAUAAAGAGAAACUUACUUUGCAGAAGAAACUAAAAACAACCGGUAUGACAGUUGAUCAAGUUAUAGGAGUGCGAGCUUUAGAGUCAGAAAAAGAAUUGGAAGAAUUAAAAAGGAGAAAUCGUGACUUAGAAAAUGACAUAUUAUAUAUGAGGACCCAUGAAGCUCUUCCUCGAGAUUCUGUUGUAGAAGAUUUACGUUUACAAAAUAGAUACCUUCAAGAAAAACUUCAUGCUUUAGAAAAACAGUUUUCAAAGGAUGCAUAUUCUAGGACUUCAACUUCAGGAAUAGAGUCAGAUGAUCACUGUCAGAAAGAGCAUGAGCUUCAAAGGGAAAACUUGAAGUUGUCAUCUGAAAAUAUUGAACUGAAAUUUCAGCUUGAACAAGCAAAUAAAGAUUUGCCAAGAUUAAAGAAUCAAGUAAGAGAUUUGAAGGAAAUGUGUGACUUUCUUAAGAAAGAAAAAGCAGAAGUUGAGCGGAAACUUGGCCAUGUUAGAGGGUCUGGUAGAAGUGGAAAGACAAUUCCAGAACUAGAAAAAACCAUUGGUUUAAUGAAAAAAGUAGUUGAAAAAGUCCAAAGAGAAAAUGAACAGUUUAAAAAAGCAUCAGGAAUAUUGACCAGUGAAAAAAUGGCUAAUAUUGAGCUGGAAAAUGAAAAGUUGAAGGCUGAAUUAGAAAAACUUAAAGCUCAUCUUGGACGUCAGUUGAGCAUGCACUACGAAUCCAAGACAAAAGGCACAGAAAAAGUUGUUGCUGAAAAUGAAAGACUUCGUAAAGAACUUAAAAAAGAAACUGAAGCUGCAGAGAAACUGCGGAUAGCCAAGAAUAAUUUAGAGAUAUUAAAUGAGAAGAUGACAGUUCAACUAGAAGAAACUGGUAAGAGAUUACAGAUUGCAGAAAGUAGAGGUCCACAGCUCGAAGGUGCUGACAGCAAGAGCUGGAAAUCAAUUGUUGUUACAAGAAUGUAUGAAAAUAAGUUGAAAGAUUUGGAAACUGAUAUUGCCAAAAAAAAUCAAAGCAUUACUGACCUGAAGCAGCUUGUAAAAGAAGCAACAGAGAGAGAACAAAAAGUUAAGAAAUACACUGAAGACCUCGAACAACAGAUUGAAAUUCUCAAACAUGUUCCUGAAGGUGCUGGGACAGAGCAAGGCCUUAAACGUGAACUUCAAGUUCUUAGAUUAGCUAAUAGUCAGCUGGAUAAAGAAAAAGCAGAAUUAAUCCAUCAGAUAGAAGUUAACAAGGACCAAAAUGGAGCCGAAAGCACCAUCCCUGAUGCUGAUAAACUAAAGGAAAAGGUAAAAGAUCUAGAGACAGAGCUCAAAACCUCAGAUCUAGAAAAGCAGCAUUUGAAGGAGGAAAUAAAAAAACUGAAAAAAGAACUGGAAAAUUUUGAUCCUUCAUUUUUUGAAGAAAUUGAAGAUCUGAAGUAUAAUUACAAGGAAGAAGUGAAAAAAAAUAUUCUCUUAGAGGAGAAAUUAAAAAAAUUUUCUGAACAACUGGGAGUUGAAUUGACUAGCCCUGUUGCUGCUUCUGAACAGUUUGAAGAAGAUGAAGAAAGUCCUGUUAAUUUCCCCAUUUAUUAAGGACCAUCUGUAACUGUAGUUUUGUUUAACUAUUUAUUAACUUUAUAAGUUAAAAUUCUAUUUGGAAGUCAAGCAAGCCUCUGAACUAAAAGAAUUUCCUUCUCACUACCUUGUACCUUUACAUAAAUUGGAAUUUUUAGUAAAUAAAAUUAUAUGAAAUGUUUAUCUUACUGGAGAAGUAUAUUUUUGAAGAUUUUUUAGAAUGACUAUGUAAUAGGUAGUGAGCUAUGAUGAAUGUCUCUACAUUCAUAAUGUUUUGAUUAAGUUUUUAAAGAGUAUGCAGGUAAGCUUUUAACAUUUAAAAUUGUGGUUUUGUAUGUACUUAUUUUUAUAUGUUAAGAUUCUCAAAUACUAACUACGAUAUAUACACACAAGAGUACUUCAAAAAGUUCAUGGAAAUAUUUGUGUUAUCUUUUAAUUCUCCAUUUCUACGAACUUUUUGAAUUACCCUUGUAUACACGCAGACACACCCAGGUUACAAUGUUGUGCCAUACGUUUUGUUAAAUGUCUAGCAAAAUUAAACUGAGCUUAAACUGUUUAAUUUUAAAAGUAAAUGAUAUAAAACUGUUGGUAAUUAUUCUUUAAAUUACCACCCAGUUACAGUGGACAGAAUCCAGCCUUUGUACAAGCUUGGGAGCUUACUGUAACUUAGAUUUCUGUGUCAAGAAAUUAAUUUGUUGAUUCUAAAUGAAAUUUUGAAAAGAUA